AUGGCCCGGUGGGGCCGCGCGCAGGUACCGGCGGGAACCCCCGGCACCGGCACCCCCGUGCCCCCGGCGGGACCCCGGGCCCGGCCGCCCCUCACCGCACUCUUCCCCCCGCAGCAGGACCCGGAAUGGGCGCCCGAGGCCUGGCAGGGCGCGGGCCCCGAUCCCGGCGCGGGCCCCGGCGGGGCGGCCCCGGCGGGGCUGUCGCUGCGGGCGGUGGCGGCGGCGGAGCGGCGGCUGGAGCGGAGCGUGGAGGCGGCGGAACGGCGGCUGGAGCGGCUGGAGCGGCGCGUGGCGGGGCUGGAGCGCACGGUGCGGGCCGGCGGGGCCCGGCUGGCCGCGAUCCUGAGGGACAACUCCCGCCGCCUCCGCCGCAUCCAGCGCCAGCUCCGCCGCUGCCGCUGCGGGGGCAACCGCACCGGCACCGGCACCGGCACCGGCACCGGCACCGGCACCGGCAGGCAGCGGACACAGGUGCCAGCAGUGGGCAAGGGUGAGGCAGGUGCUCUGCCGGAGCAGGAGCUGGGGAGCGUGGACAGCCGGGAGCUCCGUGGGAUCGCCAGGAAGGGGAGUUACGAGGCCGUGGUCCCUCUCGGUGAGGAUCACUCAGAUCAUGUCAGAAGCAUCGUCAUCCCUGGGCUGAUGCAGCUUCCAAACCCUCCCCACGUGGAACGUGGGGGGAUUCCAGGAUCUGAGGAUGCUGGUUGCAAACCUGCACUGAUGCCUCCAGCCGAGGACAGGGAGGAUCCAGGGAGCCCCGGGCUGCUGGAGAAGGGAGCGGUGCCAGGACAGCUUGGUGACAGUGGGAUGAUUGUGAUCAAGACGGAAGAGCAGCAGCCGCAGGAGGACAGAGCUGAGCUUCUGGCACUGCCGAUGGUCCCCACGGUCAGGCUGGACGAGGAGAUUCCCCUCAGCCAGGAGCAGCCGGUUUCCUGGGAGAGCCACGGCGUGGCCGGGCCGAAAGCAGCAGGAGCAGGCUUGGGGGAAUUCUGCCUGGGGGAAUUCAAGCCGGUGGUGGUGCCUGUGGAGGCUCACCCUGCCCCAGGCCUGCCGUUCCCCGCGGAGCACGCACUGGGCGCGGGCACGGAGCAGUCGUUCGCCCUUGCCCAGGGAAUGCCGCUGGGAGAAGACCCCGGGGCCGAGGGGGCCUCGCCGCAGCCCGGCUGGGAGCAGCAGAGUCCCCAAGACGAUCCCGGGGCGUUGCCGCCGGGCUGGAAGAGCGUCCGGCUGACACGGAACCUGGCGCGGCAGCAGAGCCGGGCGAGGAAGAGCAACGGCUCCUUCAUCUGCACAUCCUGCGGGAAGAGCCUGGCUCACCACGCCGCGCUGCUGCGACACCAGCGCCUGCACACGGGCGAGCGGCCCUUCCAGUGCCCGGCCUGCGGCAAGAGCUUCAACGAGAAAUCCAACCUCAACAAACACUACCGGAUCCACACCGGAGAGCGGCCGUACCGCUGCCCCGCCUGCGGCAAGGGCUUCGUGCAGAAGCACCACCUGCAGAAGCACCAGCGCAUCCACGGGCCGCAGCUCCGCAGCGCGUGGCCGGGCCGGCCGGGCCGGGCCAGCGCCACCGGGGAGCGGCUCUACCGCUGCAUCGAGUGCGCCGAGAGCUUCCCCCAGAAAACGUCGCUGGAGGAGCACCAGCGCCGGCACACCCAGCAGCGCCCCUUCCAGUGCCACGGCUGCACCAAGAGCUUCCGGCACCGGCAAUCGCUGAACCACCACCAGAAGGUGCACGCCGUGGCCACCUCUCCAGCCGGCAGCUUGCCGGGACAUGAGCCGGAGCUGGAGCCCUGCGAGGCUCUGAGCCAGGAUAAUCGGUAG